ACUCCCAACUCGACCGAGAGAACGUUUGCCACUUUGAGAAGGAGCAACGCGCGUUCCUGCGUUACCCGCCGUGCAGCCGUGGAUCGUAGCCACACGUAGUUGUUACUUUUACUCCGUUUGCUCUUCUCGUACCGAUGAGACAUUUACGUCGUGUAUUUUAAUUAUUAUUAUUAUUUUUUUAAUUGUAGUGUUAUUCGCGUUUUGUAAUUUCAUUGUCAACUAUUUGGUUACACGUUGAUUGUUGUUUGACGUCAGCUCAAAAAUAUUGGAGUAGCAAAACAAGUUAAAUAUAAUUUAUUGACUAUUAAGUAUAAAGUGGACGUUUUUAACAUGAGCUUUAAGUGGACUUUGAUAAGUGUCUCCUGAUUGACAGGACUUGACCAAUGAUCAUGUACAGUAAUCCGCGUGGUCGUGCCAAUAAGUGAUCUAGACAAAUUAUCCGUAGAGCUAUCGCGCCUUUUUUUAAAAUUAUUAUUAUUAUUAUUGUUGUAAUUAUAAAUAUAAAUAUAAAUAUAAACAAGUGACAGUGAGACAUUGGCUCAGUAUUUUAUAAUUAUUAAGUGUAGUGUGAUAGAUAAGUUGAGCAGGCCGUCGAGGCGUUCUGUCAGGCCCCGGGAGCUCAAGCUCUGAAGCUCCUGUGUAGCCUCGGGCCUACUGCUAAUAUUUAUUGUUCCCAUUUAUAUUUAUAUAUAUACAUAUACCACGACUAUCGUACUCUAUUAAAGUGUAUUGUUGUACAUCAUCGAGUACAAGGGAAGCCGGUUGUCAUAGCUGAUGGACCACGGAGCGAUGGAUAGUUCGUCUGAGCACAGUAGUCGUGCCAGUCCAGUUACCGGCAGUCCAAAGCAUCCCCAUAGCCCGUCGGGCCAGCACACACAGUCGCAGCAGCAUCUUAGUUCACAGCAUCAACCACCACCGUCGCAUCAAUUGCAUCCACGAGAUCUACGCGAUCAUCAGCAUCGUGGUGUGCCAACCCCGGGUUCACCAACUCGUGGUUCACCUCCCCAAGUUCAGCCUUUGAGUCCGCCGCCUUUGUCUGCUGGUGGAGGUCCCGGUGGAAUACCCGGAAUGGUACCAAGGAUGCCGGGUCUUCCGCCACCGGAGUUACGUCUUCUUGGACAGCUUGGCGGGAUGCUGAGUGGUCACCAUGGAUCGCCACUUGAAUUCAUGGCAGCUCAUCACGGUGUCCUGCCACCGAGAUCAUACAACAGCCCACCGCCAAUAAGCUCCAGUGACCCUACGGCGAAUGAGUGCAAACUGGUCGAUUAUCGCGGCCAAAAAGUCGCGGCAUUCAUAAUUGCUGGUGACACAAUGUUGUGUUUACCCCAAGCAUUUGAGCUGUUCUUGAAGCACUUGGUGGGUGGUCUACACACCGUUUACACAAAACUUAAAAGACUCGAUAUUGUGCCGCUAGUGUGCAACGUCGAGCAAGUCAGGAUUCUGCGAGGACUCGGAGCUAUUCAGCCUGGUGUUAAUCGAUGCAAGUUGCUCAGCUGCAAGGACUUUGAUGUGCUCUACAGGGACUGCACCACCGCCAGGUAUGCAUCACCGUCAAGUAACAUUUUCUCUCUCGCUACAAACAAAAUUUCACAUAGAUGCUCCAGGCCCGGGAGACCGCCAAAGAGAGCAUCUAUGGGACUGAGUUUAGCGGCGAGUCAUCUUGCUGCUGCUGGACAUCCUCCUCUCAAGAAGCACCGGCUCGACAAUGGCGACUACUACGAGAACGGCCAUCUCGAUGAUUUCAUGUUUGCAGACGUCUCGCGACUGGAGAAGUCACCGUUGCUGGCGAACGGAUACAACCAGCCGCCCACACACUUGAGUCACAUGCAGUACAUGCAGCUCGGAGGACAUCCAGGUGCAGGACACACGGCCAUUCUUUCGCCUGCGAGCCUGCCGCACCAUCUCCAGGCACAGGUGCAGGCGCGUGUUGAACAAGGACUAAAAGUCAACCCGAACAUGACCAACAUGGAAGCCCUCGCAAGGUCGGGCGUGUGGGAGAACUGCCGAGCUGCCUACGAAGACAUCGUCAAACAUCUCGAAAGGCUGAGAGAGGAGCGAGGAGAAGCUGACCGAGCGCUGGCGUUGGAUCAUAAGCCCAGAGAUCUCAGCUCGCACAAUGGGUCGUCGAAUGGCCACAGCCCGGUGUUGAAUUUGUCGAAAACCGCGGGAAGCGGCAGCAUCGGCGAGCCCUCGGGAAGCGAAGGGGCUGCGUCACACCGCUCGCACGACGACGAAGACGAGGACGACAAUUUGUCCGACGACCUGGAAGACGACAACGAGAAAGACGAAGAUCUCUCAGACGUCCCAGAAAAUCUUCCGCUGCCACCCCCGGGCUCAGAAAGUCCACCACAGGCACUGAACUACUCCCAAAUAGCCUCCGCAGCGGUAGCAGUGUCGCAGGGGGCGCAAGACCCCUCGGUCUCCAGCACGGAAACUCUUCUGAGGAAUAUCCAGGGGUUGCUGAAAGUCGCCGCAGACAAUGCACGGCAGCAGGAACGGCAAAUAAACUACGAGAAAGCUGAGCUCAAGAUGGAUGUGCUGAGAGAAAGGGAAGUCAAGGACAGUCUGGACCGGCAACUGCAGGACGAACAGAAGACAAGAAUAUUGUAUCAAAAACGAUUGAAGAAGGAGCGACGGGCGCGGAAACGGCUCCAAGAGCAGCUAGACCUGGAGGUAAAGAGACGCACGCAGUUGGAAGAAGCACUGAAGGCUACGGGGGCCACGUCGGAGCAAGUCAGAGCGAUAGCUGAAAAUGUAACGGCUGAAACUCGCACGAAAACCGAACCAUGUGACGAGAUGCCAGCACACUCGCAGUCCCAGUCAUCGUCAUCGCAGCAGCAGCAGCAGCAGCAGUCCUCGCAGUCUCAGUCAUCCCAGCAGUCGCAUCAGCAACCGCAGCAGCAACAGCAGCCACAGUCCCAAUAUCGAGAGUCCCAGGUGCCGCGCCCGCCUCAGCAACCCACGACGCCCGAUGCAAUAAAACCAGGCUGGGGCUACGGAUUAGACCUCAUCGGUGGUCAGGCUUCCGCCUUCUGGCAAAAUUACCAAGAAUCACUCGCCCAGGAGCUUGAGCAGGAGAGGAAGUCCCGCCAACAUCAGGCUGCUGAGAGGGAUCAAGUCAAAUCUCCCCUUCAAGAAUCCCGAACGGGUUACUACAAGAACUCUGUUCUCUUUACAAGUGCGACCUAGAAGAAAAAAAUCCAAGAGGAUGCGCAGUCUUAAAAAUUUACCAACAGAUUGAAAAAUCAAAAUUUCGACUUCACUCCCGGGUAAAGUCUAAAAUGCGUCUCUUAAAAAAUAUCAAAUGUCUACUCAUGAUAUUUUAAAAAUGUCUGCGAGUAAGUACUCACCCGAGUGACUAGAGACCAGAGACCAGAGACCAGAGACCAGUGGCGCGGGAAGGAUUCAAAAAUUUAAAUACUCGCGUAUUUAAAGUAAAAAAAUAAAAAACUGUAAAUUAUAUAUAAAAUAUUUGCUAUUAGUUAUUAUUGUAUUUAUUGUUGUAACAACAAUAAACAAGUCUAAUGAUAAAUUAAUUGUAAGAAAAUAUUUAAAACUGUGUACUGUAUAAAUGAACUGUCAUGCGAGCGUAUAUUAAUUACAUAUCAGCGACGCGAUUGUAUUUUACACUACAUGAUUGUUAAAUCUCGUCGUAUCGUUCGAUCAUUUAAAUAAAUUACUAAUAAAAAACUAAAUAUUAUUAAUAAAUUUGAAAAAAUUGACGGCAUCGGAGUGAAAAAGAGAGAGAGCAAACAGAAUAAUGACACGAUAUGAAUUAAAUAAAUAAUAAUUUAUAAAGACUGCUUGUGAGUGUUUGUGUGUGUGGAUAUGAAUCUUAUAGAUAAAUUUAAGAAUGAUUAUUAUUAUUAUUAUUAAUAAAUAUCAAUAUCGAUGAGCGAGAGUAAGUAGAUAAUUUUUAAGUCCGUAAUCGACGAAUGCUAGUCGACCCUCGUUACUCCUGACUCUUAUCGUAUUUUUUAAUUAAUUAAUUAACUGAUUAAUUAUUGUUUAUAUUAUUUAUGGAGAAACGAGUGAUCGAGUCGUCGUAUAGAAAUACGUGCGAUAAAAAAACCUCUGGCGGAAUUAUUGAGGUUUUUAUAACGCAAGAGAUUUCAAGUCGCAUACGAAUUAAAAUUUAAAUACUUGGGGGCAAUCUCUUGCCGCACGUCAUUUCAUCGGUCAGUACGAGAGCUUUAAUUUAUUUUAAUAACUAUUAUUUAUUGUCUUUCAUGCACGGGGAAUUAUUCUCGUCUGAAAUGUUACGGUAUUAUAGUAGAGCCGGCCAAUGUUGGCCAUCUGACGGAAGUUGAGAUAAACACUUGCGAAAAUUACUAUAGCCGCAGUAAAAAUUACAAUAGUUACAGUAAUUUGUGAUAUAAACGUCAAUUUUACUAUGGCUGUAUCCUGAGAAAAAUUUGUGGAGUGAACGCGGAUUAAAUCCUGAAUUAAUGCGGAACUUCUGUAUAUUUAUUUAAUUUCCUUGAGGUAAAAUUCACCCCUAAGUGGAUUUAAUUUCAAUACUGAACUUCCGGUUCGAAGUGAAUGUGGAUUUAAAUAAAAUUCAGAUCACUCCGAAAUCACUUCGCUGAAAAAUAAAACUCCUGUUGACUCCGUAUGCGGAGUAAAUUUUUCUAAAUCUUCAGAACUCCGAGUGACGGAUUGGGAUUUAAAUAAAAUCUGUAAUCACUCCCGAUUUUUUACAAUCUCGUAAUUUUACGAUAUGUUGAUUUAAAUUUCUGCAGAUGGCCGACAUGGUCCGGCCCGACUGUACUACGGCUAGAAAAAAUAUAUAUCCGACUUAUAUCUUCAGUAUUGUCGUAUGAAUGCUGUUUUACCGGCAUAUAUUUCCGGAUAUAAAUUUUUUCGUAAAGCCAUAAAAUUUCAGCCGCGAAUAAUUUCUCCAUAUAAAAUAAAAAUUUGAUUGACAAAUGUCGUAGACUUGCUGGCAAAUAAAUUAGUCUCGUACUGACAAAUAUAUAAAUAUGUGGGACGUUUAAUUACUAAAUUAUAAAUAAAUAAAAGUAAAUGAAUUCUUAAACCCACUGUAUCAUACGUAGACUCAAUAAAAAUGAUAAACUGUAGCCUCCUGACUCUAACGACUUCUAUUUAUAUAAAUAAACAUUUAGCUAUUACCGAACAAUUGACUUUAACUAUACAUUGUACGUGUAUUUAAUAUUACGUUAAACAAAUCACGAGAAGUGAAAUACUUUUGUUCCAGUGGGUGGAGUGCAAUCUCACGUUAAAUUUAAAUAAUAAACUAAAAGUAAAAUAUUCUAAAUAAAAAUUGGCUGAUAAAUAAAAUAAAAAUCUAAACAACAAAAAGUCUUUCCCUUCGAACGUGAAUUAUUUUAAGGUUGUACAGUCUUUUACCUUUAAGACCCUUGUGUUGUAAAGUUGACGUAAUCGUAGCGUCUAGGUAGAGACUAAGUCUAUUAAAUGAAAUAACAAAUAAUAAAUAAAUAAAUAUAAAUAAUUGAUUGUAGUGCCGAUAAUCUAACCACUGAUAUAAUAAAUUUUUAUCGACCAAUUAUUUCCACAUUUAUUUUAAAUAAUUUAUUUAAAUAUUUUGUAACAAAUAAAAUAAAUAAUAAAUAUAUAAAUAUAAAGUUAAAUUGUCAGUGGAAAUUUUUAAAUUCAUCAGCGCAUUAGAACUUUUCUUGAUAUUUAUAAAUAAAUAAAAUAAUGAGUCAGCUAUUAAGUUGUGUAAUAAUAUAUAAAUAUAAAUAAAUAUAUUAUAAAAAUAAUAAAUAUUAUUAUUAUUAUUAUGAUAAUUAUUUUUUUUUUGUAAUUUUUAUUUUGAACUUGAUAACGACUCACCAAUUGGACAUAUAAACAAUCUAAUAUCGAGGCUAGAAGUGUAUUCAUGUAAUUCAGCAUUACUACGUAUGAAUA